AUGGGAGUCGGUUUGGGUUAUUGUAUCGUUGCAGCGGUGGCUUCACCUGGGACAAUAGGAGUCGAGACAUUUGUUCGUUACCGGUUACCGGUAGUGGUGAUAGUGUUCAACAAUGGUGGUGUAUACGGUGGUGACAGAAGAAACCCUGAAGACAUUACGGGGCCGUAUAAGGAUGAUCCCGCACCCACUUCGUUUGUCCCCGGUGCAGCGUAUCAUCUUCUAAUUGAAGCUUUUGGUGGAAAAGGUUUUCUUGUUGGGACCCAGAUGAGCUUAAAUCUGUUCUUACCGAAUCUUUUUCUGCAAGAAAGCCUGUUGUUAUCAAUGUCACGAUUGAUUCGUAUGCUGGUGCAGAAAGUGGCUGUAAAUCACGGGCUUUCAGAGUCAUAUCUAGACAUCGUUCGACAAGUGAUCAAACACUUCUUGGAGCUUCCGUUGGAGGAAAAGAAAAAACACUACAAACAAGCUGGUUCUCCCGAAGGCUAUGGAAACGACGUGACAGUGGAUGUGAGUCAAGUUCAAGAUUGGUGUGAUCGCCUUUCUCUUCAAGUCCUCCCAAAAGAUCAAAGAAAACUCCAGUUCUGGCCCGAAAACCCAUCAAAUUUCAGGGAAACUAUCGAUGACUACACCAUGAAGAUCAAAUCUAUAUCGGCGGUCAUAUUCGAGGCAAUGGCGAAAUCUUUAGACUUGGAAGAAAAUUGUUUUUUGAAACAAUUUACUGAAGAACAUGAUGUUAUGUUAGGGAGGUUUAUUUUGUACCCACCAUGUCCAACCCCUGAUCAAGUGUUUGGGCUGAAAGCCCAUUCGGACAGAUCCGGAAUUACUCUAUUGUUACAAGAUCCUGGAGUUGAAGGGCUUCAAGUGUUUAAUGGUGGUAAAUGGUACAUGGUUCCUGUGAUAUGCGAUGCCCUUUUUAUUAACCUUGGCGAUCAAAUGCAGGGCUGAAAUUAUUUUUGGCUUGAAUGCACUUGCUGGCAAGACAAUACAAGCUGAUGGCUCAGCAGUAUGACCUUGGGAUCCUGCAAAUGUUGAAUCUUUUAUACGCUACACGAUUAAAAAGAAUUACGCCAUGUACGCUUGGGAGCUCGGUAAGUUUAUUCGCCUAACGGGUCAAAAUCGACAUGUUGCAAAUUCAAGAAUUUUACAUAUUUAGCGAAUAUGAUGUUAACUAAAGGUUGCAAAAUUGUCAAAAUGGUUCACUUAACGGGU